GGAAAAGAAAAGAAAGGAGUUGUCGUGUGAAUGCUUUUGUCCUUUGUGUAAAUAAAUAUAAGCCGUCUUGCUGUUCUCCUGACAAGAACAAUAAGUAGAUUCUGAAUCCCAUUCGUGUUGCCUCGAAUAAUGCAGUCUAUCUUACCCUCAUCCUCAUCACAUCUCAGAGAGCGGUGACGAUCCUUUUAUCUUUUCAUCAACAACCCGACGGCCAGACGAAACCACAUCACAAACAUCAUCCACCCUCCAAAACAAAAAUCGAGGUGGCUGAACAGAGCCGAAACUUCAAUCCUCAAACUCUAGACCAGAACAUUUUUCGCAAGAUUGCACUAGGAAUCGGGGCUUUUUUCCUAAAAGACUAGCUCGAGCACUUCUUUCUGCAACCUCAUCUACGGUGCAAUAAUAGACGACGGCGCCAAACAACUUAAUAUCACACUCCACGCAUACCCUAUUUUCCACAAUUGAAAUUCUUCAAAUCAUCGCCCGUUCAUCAAACCGCAGAUUCAAACAUCUACAGUAUACAUGCCUGGGAUCAUCAUGGCGGAAGUCCAGCAACCGGCUAUUCCACAAAGUCAGCCACGAGCAAUCCCUGGACAGGACACCCCUUUGCAGAUAGCACCCCCAGCUACAGCAUUACCUCAAUCUGCCUCUGCAAAUCGCAUUCGAAAUUCGCAUCUCGCUUUAGAUACCUUUUCUCCCGUCAACCAGAAUGGAAGCUUCGAGUUUGACCGUGUAUUGAAGAGUGGCUUUCUGCAGAAACGAACGAGGAAGACAAAGGCAUGGAAACCUGUAUUUCUCGUCCUGAGACCUAACUACCUCUCCAUCUACAAAGAUCAAAAUGAAGAUAAACUUCGUCACAAGAUUCACCUCUCAGAUCUAACAGCCGUCGCCUUUCUCAAAGAUCCCAAACAAAAGCGGCGCAAUGUCUUCGGUCUCUUCACUCCCUCUCGAAACUAUCAUCUGGAAGCCACCACCAAAGGCGAUGCUGAACAAUGGGUCGACCUCAUCCGCAAAGAAGCACGAAUCGACGAAGAAGAAGAGGAAGAAAUGUUACUCGCCAGUCCCUCUGGUAAUGUAAAUAGUACCUAUCCCGGAUUCGAUCAAAGCAUGGCGCGCGAACAACUCCAGCGAAAAACCGAAGCUCAAAUCCUCCACGAUGAAAGACUCGGAAGUAGUUCCCCAGAACCAACAGAACCCAUCAUCCCACGCGCGAAUAAAAAACAAAACAUGUCGGCCAUGGGUGGAGGAAGACGUCCCUCAAACACGAUUGAAUAUUCCGGCAACGAACUCGUAUCCGACGCCGAAUUCUCAGACACCGAUCUUUCACGUAUCCCCGGAAUGUCGACGCUCUCUCUGAAUCUGCACAAUCCUCCUCCAAACCCCAAUCCCGAUCUCGAAGUAAAACCUCCCGCUACCACCCUUCCCCUCGGCCGCAAUACAUCGCAGUUAUCCCUCUCGCACCCCAAUCCCCUCCCCGAACAUGACCCCGAACGUGUAGUGUACCAAGGGUAUCUCCUCUAUCUGCGCUCGAAAAAUGGUAUUCGUUCCUGGAAAAACCUCUGGGUUGUGCUUCGUCCUCGCUCACUAUCUUUCUAUAAAAACGACUCGGAAUACUCGCCCGUCAUGAUUCUCCCAAUGGAAAAUGUAAUCAAUGUAGUAGAAAUCGAUCCGUUGAGUAGGACGAAACGAUAUUGUUUUCAGGUGAUUGGGGAGGAGAAGAGUUUCAAGUUCUGCGCGGGAAGUGAAGGGGCAUUGGUUAAUGUGCUGGGAGCAUGUAAGAGUUUAUUGGCGAGGAGAAAGGGAGGCUUGGGUGCUUGAGUUGAUGGGAUGAGAUGACAAGAGAAGAGAAGAUAAGAUGAGAGAAAGCAUUCCUAGUAUCCAGCGUUAGGAAUUGUACAUAAGCUGGUAGAUAUGAGCCAACGAGCUUGCGAGCCUGCGAGCGCGGAUCGGGAAUCGGAGUGGGAGUAUGGAUUCAGACAAUGGGUGCAGAGGCAGAUUGUGAUGGGUAACCUACCUAGUCAAGGCGUUGCGGAGCGGGAUUGGGAUGAAAGUAAAGAAAGUCUGUUCUUGCUUGACUGACUGACUGAUAUAAUAACGACACGAAACGAAACUAAUGAUGAGAUGUAAAUGUUAAUCGGAAUUCAAUAUUUGUAUUUGUAUUUGGUGGUUUUUGUGUGUGUAUUUGUGUGUUUGUAUACUUAUUUGCUUGUCUAUGGGCUGGCUGUCUUUUUAA